GACGCCCCCGCCCCCGCCCCGGACCUGGAUCCUGCUCCCCCGCCCCCGCCCCCGCCCCCGCCCGCGCCCGCGCCCGCCGAUGAGGAGGACGACCGCGUCUUCCUCGUGCCCCUUAGGUGGUGGAAGGAGGCGCAGGAGGGCGCCGCGAUCGAGGCGACCGGGCUGCCCUACGCGGCCGCGCCGGUGGGGCCGACCUCCUACGGCAUGAGGGUGCUCAGCAUGUUCAUCUACGACCAGGCCUACACCCUCCGCCGCGCGGACGACCUCCUCCACCAGCCGGCCCCCGACGCCUCGCACGCGCAGGGGAGGAGCUACGCGCUCCUCGCCGCCGACCUCUUCACCAAGGCCCGGGACUGGCAUAUUGAUUCUGUCAAGUCCGCGGGCAAAUAUUCUUCCCUUACUGAAGAUGGCUCAGUGAAUAUUUACCCUAUAAUGCUAAGAGUCUCAGUCACCCAAGAUAAUGCACUUACAGUGAAGAUUGGCAAAAAGGACAACUCGUCAGAGAACUUUAGAAGGGCAAACAAGAUUCUGACUGCAGACUCUGAACCGGUUCACAUAUGGGAUUUCUCUGGGCGAACAACAUACAUAUUGAUGAAUGCAUGGAACCGAAUGCCCCAUGACUCAAAAUCUGCAGAUCAUGAGAUGCCUCUAGAAAUACAGAUCUAUGAUUUGUCAAAACCUGUGGCCAAUGGUGCUGAUGGGAAGAGAGAUGGGUUAGCAUUGACAUUGGGUGGUUCGGUUUUUAGCAAUGGCAGUAUCACGGACAUGGAUCUGGAUUCAUCAAGUGGAAGCUCUAAGCAAGUUGGCUCUGGUUUAACAGGAUUAGAUAAUCUUGGAAACACAUGUUUUAUGAACAGUGCAGUCCAAUGCUUGGCUCAUACUUCAAAACUAGUCGACUAUUUCCUUGGCGAUUUCUGUAAAGAAAUAAACACGCAUAAUCCACUGGGGAUGAAGGGGGAGCUCGCAUAUGCAUUUGGCGAUUUGUUGAGGAAGCUAUGGGCUAUUGAUAGAACCCCGGUCGCGCCACGCCAAUUCAAGGCCAAACUUGCACGCUUUGCUCCCCAAUUCAGUGGCUUUAACCAACAUGAUUCACAGGAGCUUCUUGCUUUCCUAUUGGAUGGACUUCAUGAAGAUUUGAAUCGUGUUAAAUGUAAACCAUAUUCCGAAGCAAAAGAUUCAGAUGGUCGUCCGGAUGAAGAGGUUGCAGAUGAGUACUGGGGCAACCAUUUAGCCCGAAAUGAUUCUAUCAUAGUUGAUAUCUGCCAGGGUCAAUACAAGUCAACGUUAGUCUGCCCAAUAUGCAAGAAAGUUUCUGUAACAUUUGACCCGUUUAUGUAUUUAUCUUUGCCCCUACCUUCAACAACAAUGAGAACAAUGACAAUAACUGUCUUCAGCACUGACGGGACUACUGGGCCAUCUCCUUACACUGUCAGUGUGCCAAAAUCUGGAGAUACGAGGACCCUUAUCAAUGCAUUAAGCAACGCUUGUUCGUUGCAAGAUGAUGAGCGCCUCCUGGUUGCUGAGGUCUACAAUAAUUCCAUUAUCCGGUACUUGGAUGAACCUUCUGAAGUCAUCUCCUUGAUUAGAGAUGGAGAUCGUUUGGUUGCAUAUAGACUUCGAAAAGACAGUGAAGAUGCUCCUAUUGUGGUCUUCAGAAGCCAGCGUAUGGAGUCGUCCCUCUCCAGUUUUGGCAGGAAGUCAUGGAAGACUUUUGGCGCCCCACUCGUGUCAAACCUUCCUGACAAUACAGUAACUGGAAGUACUAUCUGCAACCUUUUCCUGAAGGUUAUGACUCCAUUCAGAGUAUCAAAGGAUGAUGUUUCAGUUGGAGAUGAAAGAAUUGGCGAGAGCAGUCUGGCUAAUGAAACUGCAGAUACCGAUAUGAGCACUGAUACCUCAGAGCAAACUAGCUUAAACAACAAUACUCUUGAGGAUGAAACCGGAACUGAAGAUGCAAUGCAGUUUUUCCUGACUAACGAGAGGUUCCCAGACCAACGCAUGAAGAUAGAAAUGGAUCAACCCAUUACAGUGAAAGGUCCGCUGAGGCGUCUGCAUGUGGUUGUGUGUUGGCUGGACGAUGGACUGGAGCAAUACAAUCUUGGUUCUUUGGAUUCUCUUCCAGAGAUUUACAAAGCCGUGUUAUUUUCAAGGAGACCGCAGGACACAUGUUCUCUAUAUGCAUGCCUGGAAGCUUUUAUCAAGGAAGAACCAUUAGGCCCAGAAGACAUGUGGUAUUGCCCAGGUUGUAAAGAGCAUCGGCAGGCUAGUAAGAAGCUAGACCUUUGGAGGUUACCUGAGAUCCUUAUAAUACACCUUAAAAGGUUUUCGUACAGCCGCUACACCAAAAACAAGCUGGAGACGUUUGUCGACUUCCCGAUUCAUGAUCUUGACCUGUCAAAGUAUAUUGGUCACAGAUGCCAACAGAUUCCCCACAAUUACCGACUAUAUGCUAUCAGCAAUCACUAUGGAAGCAUGGGAGGUGGUCACUAUACAGCUUAUGUUUAUGACGAAAGGAAAAAAGGGUGGUAUGACUUUGAUGAUCGUCAUGUGGGUCCUAUAACCGAGGACAGCAUAAAGACAUCGGCAGCUUAUGUCCUUUUUUACAGGAGGAUACAUGAGGAUAGCUUAGAUACAGGUACAGACAUAGAUUCUGAUAUUCCAACUUGAGGCGGCGGUGGUGGCGAUUUUUGAGCCCAGUCCCCCCGGACAGUGUAUAGUUCAUUGGUUGGGGGACAGUUCUGGUGCAAAGGAAGAGGAGAUAGAAAUAGAGGCGGAAGAGAGUAGUAUUGGUUCCAGACAGUGAAGGGGGCCAGAGUUUGGGGUCUACUGUUUCCAGCUUCCCGAAUGUGGAAAUGCACCGCAGGAAGGCUGUUGUAGGCUGAUAUCAUACAUGUUUCUGACCCUAGAUGUUGUAGGGUUGAGAGGGAGAGAUAACUUAUCCUUGUAGUUCACAUACAAAUCCCAGUUUAUCUUUUUUCCUUUUAACAUCUGUAAUUGAUGGUGGUAAAUUUUGGCUCUUUGACAUGAGGGGGAAAAAAUCAGCCCAGAUAGUCAACAGUUGUGGUAGUGAACCAGCAUU